AUGCAGUCCGCCGGCGUCGAUCUCUCCCACCCGGACACCGUCCCCGCGCUCCUCCUCGACCCGGGGCUCUCGGGAAACUACCCCGCGGCCUCGCGCUUCUUCUCUUGGGCCGCCUCUGACCCCGCCGCCAAGGCCGCGCUCAACUCGCGGUCCUUCAACUCCAUGCUCCAGCUCGCCGCCGCGCACGGCGACGCCGAGCGCUUCUGGUCCCUCGUCGCCUCCAUGCGGUCCAGGGGCUACGGGAUCUCCAAGCCCGCCUUCCGGGCCGCCUCCGAGAGCUUCCGGGCCAAGGACAUGGCCAGGGACGCCGACCUGCUGCAGGAGGCAUUCGCCGCGCACGGUAGGAACGCGGCGGCUGCCGAGGUAUGCAAGGUUCUCCGGGCGCCGGGCAAGGAUGAUGCCUCAAAGCUAGCCAUGCUGAGUGAAUCGGGUGUUGAGGUGACUGACGAGCUGGUGGCAUUAGUGGUGGAGAAGGUCGGGCAGUUCCCGCAGCAGGCCAUGGUGUUCUUCCGGUGGGUGGAGCAGUCAGCUGGGGCCGGAAUCAGUUGGGACAAGGUUUACAAUGCGAUGGCGAGGGUUCUUGGCCGUGAGGAUUGCAUCGAGGAGUUCCGGGAGGUCCUGCAGAAGAUGAGGGGCAAGGGGCUUGAGAUGGAUCGAGAUGUGUAUGUUACUGUCACCGACAGGUUCCUCAAGAGGAAGAUGGUUGAGGAUACUGUGGACCUGUUCCGAUUCAUGUCAAGCAGGCCGGAGAAGCUCUCGACGGAUUAUUUCAUAUUCUUGCUGAAGAAGGUUGUAGCGACUGGUGAUUUGGAUCUCAAGUUGGUGACGAGGGUCUUGCGGUAUUAUCAGCAUGCGGGCAAUGAGGUCAAAGACUCAGCUUUUGAUUCUGUUCUAAAGUCGUUGAGGAGUGUAGGGAGGCUUGGGGAGAGUGGCAGAGUUCUGAAGGCGAUGCAGGAAGGUGGUUUUGAACCAGAUAGUGCUGAACAUGAAAAGGCUGUUAUUGCAAUGUGUGAUGCUGGCAAUCUGGAAGAAGCACGAAAUUAUUUGACUGGUGUGGAAGAGUCAGGGCAUAAGUUGGGUCCAAAGAUAUGGUCUUGUUUAGUUCAGAAGUAUUCUCUUGGUGAAAAUGUGGAUAUGGCAGUCUCGUGCUUCCAUGAAAUGCUGGAAAAAUGUGGCAAUGAGAAUGUGGGUUCUGCUCUUGAGGCACUGGUUUCUGGAUUAUACAAGAAGAAAGGGGCAAAGGAAGCAUUCCAAGUUCUGAAGAACUUGAUAGCUGAGAAGGCUGUAGUUCCUUGGCAAACUACCUACAAGUAUUUGAUCCACAAGUUGAUCCGCCAAGGGCAUCUGAAACAAGCAUUUGAAGUGCUAGGUUUAAUGAAAAGCCAUGGUUAUCCAACUUUCGUUGAUCCUUUUAUCCCACAUAUUUCAAAGUCUGGGACUCUGGAUGAUGCCCUGGGUUUGCUGAAUGCAACAUCUUUGAGGGGGUUGCCAUCAAGAAUAGUUUAUGUGCGCUUAUUUCAAGCUUUGUUCAAAGAAGAGAGGCAUGAAGUUGCCCAACAGUUGCUUUCCCAGUCUCCUGAUAGCAUCCAAAACCAUGCUGAUGUUCGUGAUGUUUUCAAUAGGAUGAAGCUGGAAGAACCUGUCACAGCAGCAUUGGCAGAGGGUUGA